UCAACUCUCAACCCCUCGGCUUGUCUUCCCUUUUGCCUUCCCUUUUGCUAGUUUGCUUACACCAACCUCUCGCAAUAAGCUUCCUCUUCCUCCCCAGCUCACCAGGCACAACUGCACAAGCCACCCAGCUAACGCGUACGUGCAUUACAGCCUUGUUGCUUCCCUUUGCUAGUUUCUCAUCCGUUCAGUCUCAAGCUGUCGUUCUACAAGGGCAGAUGUUGAUAGCUAGGUAGCUAGCUCGGCCUCGGCCCCAUCCAUGAAUCCUCUCGUCCGCCAAAAGCAUGCACGGUCGUCGUCACCAUGAGACGACCUAGCGCCGUCGCCACCGUCGUCCUCCUGUGGCUCGCCGUGCUCACCGUCGCGUUCCACGGCUGCGGCCGCCGCCUUGGCUGCGGUGGCUUCCUGGUGAGGCGAACAGGCUCGGUCGCCGUCCCGGCAAGGAAGAUGCUGCUCGCCGUGACGAGCUUCGACGCUGCGGCCUCCUCGUCAACAGAUCACCACCACCACCACCACCACCAUCACCGGCGGCAGCAUGUCCACCGAUGGAAUCGGCAAGGCAUUCCACCGUCCGGUGUUGGCAAGGGCGAGGACGAGCUCGAUCCGCGGUACGGCGUGCAGAAGAGGCUGGUGCCUACGGGCCCGAACCCCUUACAUCACUGAGAGGUCGGCACGCGCUUAGCACAUGCAUGGAUCGAGGAGUUUUUCAUUGCCGCCCAGGCUGAUUCUGAUUCCUUGGUGAGUGGCGCACAUCAUCUUGCUGUGUGUUGAUGUUGAUCAAUCGAGUUUCGAGUCCGGUAUUCUUUGAUUGUGGAGAGGAUGGGUGCGGAAGCAAGCCUUGUUGGUGUGGUCAAUCACACGCUCAUAUUCAUUGAACUUCGUUCGUGUGUUCAUGUAUGUAAUCUUGGUCUCAAAGCUUCAAAGCAAGUGAAACGAAAGAGAGAGGAUAAUCUCUAGCUAGCUAAGUAUAGUACAUAGUGUAAGUUGUGCUGAUGACCAGAGGAUACGAUUAUGCUUGGUUUUCCUUUUUCC